CCUUUUGAUAAUGCAGUCACACGAUGCAGAAAUCAGCCUCCUAUGUUGAUUUGUAUCAGGGUGAAAACGAGUAAGGGCUUCCCGACAAGAGAAUAAUUUCAGGUAAAUCCGUGCUUGGCCAAGCCCUAAAUCUGGCACCCGGAGCGCGUGCAGAGGGCUCUGCCCGCUGCGGGCUGAAACAAAGCGACCGCGCGGCUGCCGCACUGCUUCGCCGCCGCCGCCAUUUUGUGCGGGGGUGACGGGAGGCGCCCUGACAGCUUCGCCCUCGGUUGAAGGAGGAGAGCAGAGGGAGCUCGGCAGGGCGUCGGGCUUGUGGGAGCGGGGAAUGGACGCUGCGAGGUGGAGAUGACCCCUGCCUCCCUGCAAGGGUACCUCUCCACAACUGAGAGCGAGGAGUAGCGUUUGUUCGGUUCGCCGUCCCUGGAGGUGGGGACCUUCAGUUGGCGCCCCCUGGAGAAUUCACUGUGGUGAAGGCAGCGGCCUGAGGCAAGGAUUGGGGCUUAGGAGGGAAAUAAAAAGCAAAGCAGCUUCAAAACAGAAGAAAACCCCAUGUGUCUGUAAGAAACUGUUUCUUUAAGCAGAUACAUAAAAAGUUCUUUGCUUACAGGAGUUGGUACGUGUCUGUCUGUAAAUGAACCAAUAUUUGGUAGUACUCCUGCAAACACCUACCCAUCUUUGUUUUGCCAUCUUGAAUAUGUGUUUUCCCUGUGCUACCCAGCAGCAUUAAGUGUUGAGGCUUUUUGGUUUUUUUUUGCACAUAAGAGUCUGAGACAGUUUUCACAAUUUCUUGGCUCAGGAUUACUGUGGAGAUGUCCUGACAGGCAGGCAGUGAGCAGAUGGGCAAAAACAGCGCCACAUAGAGGAGCAUUGAGCCAGGGUUUUCCCCUCAACAAGUUGUAUCACUUUAAGUCAGUAAGCAAUUGGAAUUAAUGGAGCCAGUCAAAGAAUAAAGGCUGUGUAGAGAGGGAGCCUGGAGGGCUUAGGAGUUUAAAUAUUGUGAAUAACAAAGACUACUCACGGGUGGGAAGCAUAAAGAAAAAAUGUUUAGAUGGUGCUGCACAAUCCUGGCUUGCACAUUCUGUGCUUUAUGUAUGAAAACCAUUUUAUACUGGUGAGCAGUGUUUGCAGCUCCUUGGAGCUGAUGGACAGGUGGUUAUUUCUUCAGUGGCCCUUCACUGCUUGAAUGCAGCUUCGUGGCACUGAUGAAUGCUUUCUGCUGCCCCUACUGAUACCCAACAAGAGAACUCCUGCUUUAGAUUGCUGGUGUUGCAUAUGCCAUAGGAUGGUGGCAAAAUUAGCCUGCUUUGUUAGACUAAUAUGAUUUCUAAUGCCAAUGCUGCUGGUUAGAGUUGAAGGGGGAAAUGACAAAACCUGGUGCUGGAGAAUGACAGAGGUUUGCAGAAGUGUUGCAGACUUGCAGUGAAAAGGAAUGCAUUGGGGGCAUUGACAGGUUUCUUGUUUGAAGUUCUAGAAUCUAAAUAACUGUAGUCACAGUUAUGAUUAUAUGCUCGAUAUUCUGCUCAUAUUGUGAAAUGUUUUCUGUUUUAAAUUUGAAAGAUUCUUAUGGUGUAUUUGAAGUUUUGCAGCUUCUGUGGAAGAAAAUUUUUUUUAAUUUACAUUCACAAGUGACAGUACACAGUAAUUAAGCGAACCUGAAUUCUAUUUGCAAAGCAUUCUAAGAUUUUUUUUUUAUGUUACUAUAAUGAGAUGCUGGAGCAAAAAAGAAAAACAAAAACACCACAUCACCUUUAGUGUAUCUUUGUAGGCAAAGAAGAUAGGUUUGCUUUGUUAUUUUAUCAUCAGAAUUGUCUUAAAUUGGCAUUUCUAAAUUGUUGAAGUUGCUUUGCUAUUUUACUAAGUAUAAAUGAACCUAAGGUUUUUACUCAUAAGAUCAUUUCUGUCGUAUUCUUCUAGUGAAAUCUUUACUUUUUCAGUCCAUCCUUAAGCAAAAUAAAGAGCUAUGGAACUUCUCAACGCAGACAUGUAAACAUGGUCUAAUGCCCAGGGGUCAUGCUAAUGGAAUAAUACUUUUAUUAAUGUGUAUUUUAAAAACUGAUACAUUAGAAAUAAGCUGUGAUCCUGUUGUUUCCUAGCAAAUCUCAUUAAGGAGUUGGGCCCAUAGUCCAAUUACCCAGAUUUAGAGAUAAACAUUCGAUCUAAAAAUGUUCAGCUCCGCAGACGAGGUCUUUUCAUUGGAUAAUUUAUUUUAUGAAAGACCAGAUGCAAAAACAAGAGAUUUAGAAAAUAGCAAGUCAAACAUUUGGUGGAUUGCACCCGCUCCAGCAAUUGAUGAAAUUCCACCUGUAGAGGAGUUACAGAGGGAACUGGAAAAAAGCACAGCCAGCAGUGGCACAGGAGGGAUAAAGCACCAGAAGUUUAUACAACAAUGUAAGAGUAUCACUGAGGAAGUAAACGAUAAAUCACCAGCACCUUCUCAUUUUGGCAUAGCCUCUGAAAAAGAAAUGUUCCGAUUAUGUGUAGGAGAAAGAACAAAAAAGCAUGAAAGUCUGAAAAUGGCUUCAAUGAUUCUUUCACCUGAUCAAGCUAAAUAUAAAAUAGGAACAAGGAUUUGUCAGCAACCUGAUUCAAAUUUCUCACAGAGUAAAAUAUUAAUUAAUUUUCCAGAAAAUUUUGAUGAGAGUGUUCAUUCAACGUUUCGAAAAAGCUUAUUUAAAAUGUCUGAUUGUAUGUAUAAACAUACAGAAUUUAAAGAUCGUUCAAUGGAUAUGAAAGAAGUUGAUACUCACUUUAAUGCAAGUGAAAACUUGACAGAAGUGAAAAAAGAUGCAUGGAGAGAAAAUCAUCAGCCUCCAAUAACUGCAGUCUCAGAUUUUACCCUACAUAGGGUAAAUGGUGGGGACAUGGCGUCUAAAAUUGGAAUUAAAAUAAAAUCGUUGUCCAGCGCUUCAAAGAUUCUGGAUAUGACAGGAACUACGGGAAGAAACUUGGAAAUUUUGAGAGCUGUUACAGAAAUACCAACCCAAUUUAGGAGUAUUUUUCAGGAAUUUCCAUACUUUAACUAUGCCCAGUCUAAAGCUUUGGAUGAUCUUCUUUAUACAGAUAGAAAUUUUGUGAUUUGUGCUCCAACUGGCUCUGGAAAAACUGUUAUGUUCGAACUAGCUAUUACCAGAUUACUUAUGGAAGUCCCAGUGCCUUGGUUAAAUAUUAAAGUUGUUUAUAUGGCUCCAAUAAAAGCUCUAUGCAGUCAGCGUUUUGAUGAUUGGAAAGAAAAGUUUGGACCUAUAGGACUCAGCUGCAAGGAACUGACAGGAGAUACAGUGGUGGACGAUUUGUUCGAAAUACAUCAUGCUCAUAUUAUUAUCACUACACCUGAAAAAUGGGAUAGCAUGACUCGAAGGUGGAAAGAUAACUCAAUAGUUCAGCUUGUGCGACUGUUUCUCAUAGAUGAGGUGCAUGUUAUAAAGGAUGAAAGCCGUGGUGCAACAUUAGAAGUUGUAGUCAGUCGGAUGAAGACUGUUCAGUCUUCUCUUUGGCGUCUUUCAGAGAAUCGUGACGUUCCUCCUUUGAGAUUUGUAGCUGUUUCAGCAACAAUUCCAAACGCUGAAGACAUUGCAGAGUGGCUUUCAGAUGGGAAGAUGCCUGCUGUAUGUCUGAAAGUAGAUGAGGAUCAACGACCAGUGAAGCUACGCAAAAUUGUUCUUGGUUUUCCUUGCAGUGACAGUCAGACAGAAUUCAAAUUUGACUUAACUCUGAACUACAAAAUAGCCAGUGUUAUACAAGCAUACUCUGAUCAAAAACCAGUACUGGUGUUUUGUGCCACAAGAAAAGGAGUGCAGCAAGCCGCUUCUGUUCUUUCAAAAGAUGCUAAAUUUCUACUGAGUGUAGAACAGAAACAAAGAUUACAGAAGUCUGCAAAUUCACUGAAAGAUUCCAAGCUCAGAGAUCUUUUAAUGUAUGGUGUGGCUUAUCAUCAUGCGGGUAUGGAGGUGUCUGACAGAAAAAUAAUUGAAGGAGCUUUUACUGCAGGAGAUUUACCCGUACUUUUUACUACUAGCACCUUAGCUAUGGGAGUCAAUCUGCCUGCACAUCUGGUGGUUAUAAAAUCCACAAUGCAUUAUGCUGGAGGAGUGUUUGAAGAGUACAGUGAAACUGAUAUUCUGCAAAUGAUUGGGAGAGCAGGAAGGCCUCAAUUUGACACAACAGCUACAGCAGUAAUUAUGACUCGUUUGAGUACAAGAGAGAAGUAUACACAGAUGUUAAAUGGUGCAGAUAUAAUAGAGAGCAGCUUGCACAGACAUCUUGUUGAGCAUUUAAAUGCAGAAAUAGCAUUACAUACUGUCACAGAUGUCACUGUAGCUUUGGAAUGGAUACGAUCAACGUUCUUGUACAUUAGAGCUUUAAAAAAUCCAACUCAUUAUGGUUUUUCAUCUGGAUUGGAUAAAAUUGGAAUUGAAGCAAAAUUACAAGAACUAUGUUUGAAGAACUUGAAUGAUUUAUCAUCUUUCAAUUUGAUCAGGAUGGAUAAAGAAAAUAAUUUCAAGCCAACAGAGACGGGAAGAUUAAUGGCAUGGUAUUAUAUUGCAUUUGAUACAGUAAAGCAGUUUUUCAGAAUGAAGGGAACCGAAACUUUAAAGGAAUUGGUUACAAUGAUCUCCAACUGCACAGAAUUUCUAGAUGUCAAAUUAAGAACAAACGAGAAGAAAAUACUGAAUGCUUUGAAUAAAGACAAGGACAAAAUAACUAUCAGGUUUCCAAUGGAGGGGAGGAUUAAAACAAGAGAAAUGAAAGUAAACUGUCUUAUUCAGGCUCACCUAGGAUGCAUUCCUCUUCAAGACUUUACUUUGACACAAGAUACUGGCAAAAUAUUUAGAAAUGGCAUAAGAGUUACUAGAUGGUUAUCUGACUUUCUGGCAUCGAGUAAAGACAACUUUUCUGCAUUGUUAAACUCUUUGAUUUUAGCUAAGUGUUUCAGGUGCAAACUUUGGGAAAAUUCACUUCACGUGUCUAAACAAUUGGAAAAAAUUGGUGUAUCAUUGUCAAAUGCUAUGGUAAAUGCUGGGCUGACAUCAUUUAAAAAAAUAGAAGACACAAAUGCAAGGGAACUUGAAUUGAUUUUAAACAGACAUCCUCCUUUUGGAAACCAGAUAAAAGAAUCUGUUUUGCACCUUCCAAAAUAUGAACUUAACAUUGAACAGCUUCCAAAAUACAGUGAUACACUGGCUGAAAUUUUAGUAACCACCAGAUUAACAAACUUUGAGCAGCUACAGACAAGGAGAACAGCGUCAGACUUUCACUAUGUUACGCUGGUUGUAGGAGAUGCUGACAAUCAAGUAAUUUUUAUUCAGAAAAUAAUGGAUUCCAUGCUGCUGAAAACUGGAAAUUGGAUGAAGAAAAUUGAAGUGAAAAGAGCUCUUAAAUCAGAUGACAUUUGUAUAAAUUUAAUUAGUUCUGAUUAUGUUGGCCUUGAUAUACAGAAAACAUAUACAGCCUUUUACUUAACACCAAGAACAGUGGGAGGUAAAGUAGUUAGAAAUAAAAAACUGAAAGCUGAGUCUUCUCUUGAUGCAUCUUGUGGCACAGCUCAAAGUCUGCCAGCAGCAAAAGUGGAUACAGGAAGCAGGUCUGAAGAAGAAAAUACCUACAAGAAAUACGGUAACAGGGAGUGUAACCAUCGCUGUAAAAAUAAAGAUGUGUGUGGACAUGACUGCUGUAAAACUGGAGUACUUCCAAAGUCUGAGAUGAGUGGAGAUUCAAAGUUUAAUUUGUACCUGGCUGAUUUAAGGAGCAGGAACUCUACAUCUUCUGUACCCCCAGUAAAACGGUUAAAGAUGCAGAUGUUAAAUCAGGCUCAAAGUGUGGAUCUCAAACGAUUUGUUUUUGCACCCAAAUCUUUUAUGCCAGCAUCAUCAAGGUCUGGCAAUAAAGAGUCAUUUUUGUCGCCUUCAGUGGACCAGGUAGAUAAUUAUAAUAACUUAGGAAGAUCUCAGAAACAAUUCCAAUCCUGGGGUUAUGGAAAGAAUAAUGCUUUGGAUGUGAACGCUGAACUGAGAGAUGACGUUUGGGAUGAUCUUGAUGAUGAAGUAUUAGUAGUUGCUAGCAACUUUUCCAGAAGAGAAUUAGAUGAGCAUGAAACCCUUCACAAGUAUUCAACAAGUGAAGCCACAAGUGACAUUUCAGAAGAUUCUUGCCUAUUACAAGAUGAGAGCGGUAUUCAGAACCCAGUUCUCUCUGUGUAUAAUAGCUCAUCAAAAGUGGAAUUACCUGUACAGAGUGGACAUAUAAAUACGUUCAUUUCUCAAGAAAACAAGCAUUCAAAUCUUUCACAGGAGCUGGAAAAAAUACAAUGUUCUUCAAUUUCAGAAAUAAUCCCAGACUCUUCUAAAUUCACUAGGAAAGAGAAUUUUUUCAUUUUCACGAAGGAACAGGAAGAAGAAAUGGAACCUAGAUAUCUUCCUGAUGAUGAGACCAGUGAUGUCAAGCCUUUACUUGGACUAUUUGAUGACAUACUUUAAAACAUAAAAUAUAUUGUAAGUGCUGAACAAAAACCAACUCAUUUUUCCAGAAUGAAGCCUUCAGAUACUGUUAAGAGAAUUUCUUCUCUGUUUUGCAACUAUUUACCAAUACUGGGACUAGUGCCACACAGUAGAUCAUUAUAUAUUAAAAAAAAAAAAAGUUUGUCUAUUUAAUGGAAUUCUGGUAUGUUAUCUCAUUUGGAAAAUUGCUUACGUUUUCAUUUGUUGACCUUGCUGUUUUCAGGAUUGAAAAGAAAAAUAUAGGAAUGUGUCAAAGGAGUUCUCAAGCUGAAAAUGUUUCCAUAGAUAAAGUACAAAAAUCAUUUAAGAAAUAGUAAGCCUUUUAUUUCAUGUCCUGCUCCUAAGUACUGUUUAAAUUAAUGAAAAACUUUUUCCUCAGAAAUUUCUUAAAGCUUUUUGAUAUUGUUUGUCAGUCUUUUAAUGCUGAAUUUUUCUGAUUCUGUUAAAUAAUUUGAUUUAAAAUAAAAUAAAGAGUAAUGGAAUAGCAAGUUA